AUGCCUCGGCGUCACAAAAACAAGAAACGCCAUCAUGCCCGAAGUGAGCCUCAGAGUCAUGGCAAUGCUCAGGCCACUGCAGAAGCAGGAGAGGAGUCCACUCCCUCUUUCUCUACUCAGCAUGAAGGUAUUAGCCAGGGUCUGCCUAUGGCUGGGUCACGUAACACUUCCCAGGGCCCUCAAAGAGCACAAACCACCACCACUGCUUCUGUAGCUGUUUCUUGCCCUGGGUCUGAUGAAGCUUUCAGCAGCCAAGAGGAGGAUGAGGCUGUCUCCUCUGAGAUCCCACUCUUCACUGAGGUCUCAGACGUGGAUGAUUUCCAAACCAGGAUUGUGUCUUUGGAGCAAUUCAUUCUGAGCAGGUAUAAAUUGAAAAAGCCCAUUUUGAAGGCUGAUAUGCUGCAUAUUGUCGGGGAAGAUUACCAAGACCGAUUUGCUGAGAUGCUCAAGAAAGUUUCUGAGCAAAUUGAAACCUUCUUUGCAUUAGACAUGAAUGAAGUGGACUCAAUCAGACACUCCUACGCCCUUGUCAGCAAACUAAAACUCCCCAAUAAUGGGAGGGUGCGUCCUGGCAAGGGGUUCCCCAAGACCGGUCUCCUGAUGCAUAUCCUGGGUAUGAUCUUCAUGAAUGGCAACUGCGUCUCUGAGGAAGAGAUCUGGAGAGAUCUGCGUCUAAUGCAUGUGUACCCUCGGAGGAAGCACUUCAUCUUUGGGGAGCCCAGGAAGCUCAUCACCGAUUUUGUGAGGCUGGAGUACCUGGAGUGCCGCCAGGUGCCCCACAGUGAUCCUCCACGUUCUGAGUUCCUGUGGGGUCCAAAAGCACACCUUGAAACCAGCAAGUUGAAAGUGCUGGAGUUUUGGGCAAAGGUCAAUGGUACUCACCCCAGUGCCUUCCCAUACUGUUAUCAGGAGGCUUUGCAAGAUGAGAAAGAGAGAGCCCAAGCCAGAGAUGCAGCCAGGGCUGCCACUACUGCCCAAGUCACUGCACUUUCCAGGGCCAUGGCCAGCACAACCUUUCUACCUGUAGAGGAAUCUAAAGCUUUUCAUCCUUCAGACCAGAAUAUAUGA